AUCUCGGUCUUUUGUGUUCCCAGACCGAUAAAAUUCAUCAUCAUAUAACUUACUCUAUUUCGAUUUAUAUAAAAAACAAAAAAACACACACAAAAUACAAUUCUGGAAACAGAAAAAAUCCCCAAAAUCUAGGGUUUUCUUCUCGCCAAUUUCACUUUUCUUCUACGAAAUUCUCCAUUCCUGCCGGCUGUCGGGUGUUCCGAAUCGCUUCUCUUUCACCGACUUCUUCUCUGGUUUUGUUCGAUUCUGAUUUUUUUUGCUCAAGUCAAAUUUUGUUCUCUGAACUCUGUAAAAUCGUGAUCGAUUGAAUUCACUUCAGGGUUUUGAUUUUUUAAAGAAGUUAUCUUCUUUGAAGGCGAUUGCAAGAGUGCUCAGCCAGCUGUGAAUUUUCCACUGAGAUGCAAUCGAAACCAGGAAGAGAAAACGAAGAGGAAGUCAAUCACCAUGCUGUUCAGCAGCCGAUGAUGUAUCCAGCAGAUCCCUGGUGGAAAAUCAACACCUUUGGUGUAGUUCCUCAAGCGAGACCUUCUGGAAUUCCAUCAAAUUCCUCUUCUUUGGAUUGCCCGAAUGGUUCCGAAUCAAACGAUGUUCAUUCAGCAUCUGAAGAUGGUGCGUUGAAUGGUGAAAAUGACGGCACUUGGAAGGAUUCACAAGCUGCAACUUCCUCUCGUUCAGUAGAUAAUCAUGGAAUGGAAGGGAAUGACCCGGCGCUUUCUAUUCGUAAUAUGCAUGAUCAGCAACUUGUACAACCACCAGAGCUUGUUGGACAUUAUAUCGCUUGUGUCCCAAAUCCAUAUCAGGAUCCAUAUUAUGGCGGAAUGAUGGGAGCAUAUGGUCAUCAGCCAUUGGGUUUUCGUCCAUAUCUUGGAAUGCCUCGUGAAAGAACAGCUCUGCCACUUGACAUGACACAAGAGCCCGUUUAUGUGAAUGCAAAACAGUACGAGGGAAUUCUAAGGCGAAGAAAAGCACGUGCCAAGGCAGAGCUAGAAAGGAAAGUCAUCAGGGACAGAAAGCCAUAUCUUCACGAGUCAAGACACAAGCAUGCGAUGAGAAGGGCAAGAGCUAGUGGAGGCCGGUUUGCGAAGAAAAGUGAGGUGGAAGCAGGAGAGGAUGCAGGAGGGAGAGAAAGGGGUUCAGCAACGAACUCAUCAGGCUCUGAACAAGUUGAGACAGACUCUAAUGAGACCCUGAAUUCGGCGGGUGCACCAUAAUAAAAAGUCAAAGCUCUGAGAGUGGAGAGAGAGACACACUUUGGCUAAUAUAUCCAUUGCCCCAAACCGGCAAAUCAUUCUUGGCUUUUUCGGUUUUGUGUUUUCUAGUUGUUUUUGUCAGUCUCUCAUAUUGUGUGGGUUUUACAGUUAUGAAUGUACAAAGAGCGAGUGAUGUUAGGUGUUAGAUUUGGAGGCAAAAGACAGGGGAAUAGUUAGUAGGUCUUGUUUUUAUUCUUUUACCUGUUUUUUUUCUUAUGAAAAAUUGGAAAAUACGUUUGUUUAAUCGUUGCUGACCCAUAGCCAUGCUUCAGAUUUGUUCUCAAA